AGGCAUUCAUUUUUUACUUUGCAUGCACCGUCGGAUGCACUGUGCUAUGGGUCUAAUGUCGUAAACAAGAUUUUCACGGACAGAUCUGUGAAGAGAGCCACUGUUUUUGGUCUAGCUAAUGUUUGCAAAACAACAAAAUGCAAACGCUCCGGGAGGAAAAGGGGGGGUGGAGGGGAUUGGUCCGCGGCCUCCAGUUGCCCAUCCCUGGUCUAGACGGACAGCAAUUUCUGGUCCUCCUCUUCUUCUGUCGUCUAUGCGUCUUUUUAUUCCUCCACUGCGCCUGGUGUGUGCAGCUCUGUGGCAGGUUGUAGAGCGGAGAGACAUCAUGGACUAUGGGCUGCUGGAGGAGUUUGCCACCAGCGUGUUGGAAAUAGUCCCUGAACUGAUGACUUACAGAGAGAGGGUCCAACUCCUCAUGGGACUGAGAGCACGGCUGGUUCUGGAGUUGUGUCGCUGUGAUGAUGAGCUGUGUCGCCCUGAUACUGUCCAGCCACACCUGAACAGGAUAAGGAGCUGUGUCUCCAAUCAGAAGGGAGAGGUUUCAGAUCCAAAGGUGGAAGCAUCAGAGGCCAGCUUCAUGAAGCUGAUUGAAACCCUACUGGAGCAGCCAGAGGAGAGGGAACUCUUCUUUCAGAAUGUUUUUCCAGAGGAGUAUGGCCCCAAGUAUGACUCAACACUGCAGAUUCUUGUGUGGGAGUUCCUGUCCAGACUGGAGAAACUGCUUCCUGCUCCAAACCUUAAGCAGACUGCAUCUUGGCUCAGCCUUGCCCCUGCUCUCUUAGAGGAGUGUGUGCAGUCUGUGGCUCACCCUGAGCCAUUACAGGCACUCCUCCAUCACCAUAAAAAUGGACAUAACUUAGACACCAAUGCUCUAAGGUCCACUGGUGGGGACUACAUCCUCUCUUCACUGUCUUUCCCUUCCUCUGUGAAGGAAGAAAUGGCCUCUUGCCAAGCAGGCCCAGAGAAACAGUCCUAUCCCACCAUAAAGGGAUAUCAAAGCCCUUUCCCAUCUGAUGAACCAGAGAUGAGCUGGGACUGCAGAAUGGCAGAUCGUAAGGUUUGGACUGUAAAGCCACCAGCCUGUUCUGCUUCUGUGGAGGUCGAGGUCAAGACUAUAGAGGACGCCACUGAGAUAACCGUUAAACGCAAGACAAUCAACAAAGAGAUGAUAAAAGAAACCAGGAGAGAUAAAGCUGUUCUCUGCCCUCAGACUCGCAGCGGGCUGAAAACCAGCCGCUUGACUGCUUCCUGUCUGCGCCGUCAACCCGUACUGCGGUUGAACAGGCUUGACAUUAGCAAUAUGCCGUUACCCAAGUCCUUGCUAACACUGAUUCUAAGGAGAGGGAGACUGCAGGCUGAGACAAGACGUCCAGGACCGAAAGGAAUUGACAGAAAGAAAAAACGGAGAAGAGGUCGUGGUAUUACAAAUGAGAAGAUUGAAACGCACACACUUGGCAUAAGCGAUAUGUUGCUACCCAAGUCCCCGCUAACACUGACCCUAAAGAGAGGGGUACUGCUGGAUGAUCCUAUGAGUUCCCAAGUCCAGAAAAAAAGAGGUAGAAAAAAAGGAGAGAAAAUAGGACCUGGUAUCACGAGAUUAAAGAUUGAGAAGAUUGGAGCACACACGCUUGACAUAAGCGAUGUGCCAUUACCCAAGCCCUCGCUAAAACUGGUUAUAAGGAGAGGGAAACUGCAGGCUGAAGCAACAGGUUCUCAAGGGAAAAAAACAAGGGGCAGAAAGAAAAAAUGGAGAAGACGAUGUGGUGUCAAAAAUGAGAGUGUGAAAAGAGAGCGGUCACCUGAAACUGAGGAAGAAGCUGAACCAUCAGAGAAUGAACUUUGGACCAGUGUUAAUACAGGGGUCACUCUCAAUGAAAAGACCCCUGUCGAUGAAUCUGGUGGAGACCAUCCUUCUCAUUUCCCAUCAUCUCAUAAGAGGGAGGAGGAACAGCCCAUACAGACCUUUCACACAAAGGAGCACAGUGGUCAGAUGGCCGAAGGGCAGAACAGAGAAGAACUCUCAGAGAUUGUUCCUCAGGACUCACCAACUCCUGAGCCAUCCAACACCUCUCACAAAAUUAAUUCAGAGGAGCACAGUGGUCAGAUGUUCGAAGGGCAGAAGAGAGACGAACUUCCAGAGAUUGUUCCUCAGGACUCACCAACUCCUGAGCCAUCCAACACCUCUCACAAAAUUAAUUCAGAGGAGCACAGUGGUCAUAUGUUCGAAGGGCAGAAGAGAGACGAACUUCCAGAGAUGGUACCUCAGGACUUACUAACUCCUGAGCCAUCCAACACCGCUCACAAAAUUAAUUCAGAGGAGCACAGUGGUCAUAUGUUCGAAGGGCAGAAGAGAGACGAACUUCCAGAGAUGGUACCUCAGGACUUACUAACUCCUGAGCCAUCCAACACCGCUCACAAAAUUAAUUCUGAGCACAGUGGUCAUAUGUUCGAAGGGCAGAAGAGAGACGAACUUCCAGAGAUUGUUCCUCAGGACUCACCAACUCCUGAGCCAUCCAACACCUCUCACAAAAUUAAUUCAGAGGAGCACAGUGGUCAGAUGUUCGAAGGGCAGAAGAGAGACGAACUUCCAGAGAUGGUACCUCAGGACUCACCAACUCCUGAGCCAUCCAACACCUCUCACAAAAUUAAUUCAGAGGAGCACAGUGGUCAUAUGUUCGAAGGGCAGAAGAGAGACGAACUCUCAGAGAUUGUUCCUCAGGACUCACCAACUCCAGAGCCAUCCAACACCUCUCACAAAAUUAAUUCAGAGGAGCACAGUGGUCAUAUGUUCGAAGGGCAGAAGAGAGACGAACUUCCAGAGAUUGUUCCUCAGGACUCACCAACUCCUGAGCCAUCCAACACCUCUCAGAAAAUUAAUUCAGAGGAGCACAGUGGUCAGAUGUUCGAAGGGCAGAAGAGAGACGAACUUCCAGAGAUGGUACCUCAGGACUCACCAACUCCUGAGCCAUCCAACACCUCUCACAAAAUUAAUUCAGAGGAGCACAGUGGUCAUAUGUUCGAAGGGCAGAAGAGAGACGAACUCUCAGAGAUUGUUCCUCAGGACUCACCAACUCCAGAGCCAUCCAACACCUCUCACAAAAUUAAUUCAGAGGAGCACAGUGGUCAUAUGUUCGAAGGGCAGAAGAGAGACGAACUUCCAGAGAUUGUUCCUCAGGACUCACCAACUCCUGAGCCAUCCAACACCUCUCAGAAAAUUAAUUCAGAGGAGCACAGUGGUCAGAUGGCUGAAGGGCAGAAGAGAGACGAACUUCCAGAGAUGGUACCUCAGGACUCACCAACUCCUGAGCCAUCCAACACCGCUCACAAAAUUCAUUCCGAUGAGCACAGUGGUCAGAUGGCCGAAGGGCAGAAGAGAGAAGAAGUCUCUGAGAUUGUACCUCAGGACUCAUUAAGUCCGGAACCAUUCAACACCUCUCACAAAAGCUUUCACUUACAGGAGCACAGUGGUCAAAUGGCCGAAGGGCAGAACGUAGAAAAAACUUUAGAGAGUGUACCUAAGGACUUACUAACUGAGAUUGUACUUCAGCACUCGUUAACUCCUGAGCCAUCCAACAGCUCGCAAAAAAGAAGCCAGCGCGUCAAGGCAUGCUCUUUCUGUGGCAAGACUUUCACUGACACACUGGGCUUGACAAGACACAUGCGAUCUCACAUUGAGCAGAGGUCACACCAAUGCACCCAAUGUGGGCAAGACUAUGAUUCCAGUGAGGACUUAGAGGAACACUGGAAGAGUAGCUGUGAGGAGAAGAUAAAAAAAGACAUUGGUAAGGACAAUGGUGGGGGAACUGUCCAGCUAAAAACGCAUCUGAAAAGAGACAAAAAACCUGAUCUGAAAGCAGACAAAAAAUCUGAUCUGAAAGGGCACACAAAAGACGGAUCCAUAAAGUGCCAUGUGUGUGGGAAAGUAACUACUCGUAUGUUGGGUUUGCGAAGACACCUUCUACUUCACUUCAACAAUGGCGCAUACAAAUGCCCUGUAUGUCCAACGACUUUUAUAACAAAUGCUGAUUUGAGAUCGCACCUGAGAUUGAAAAGAUCUUGUAGGGAAAAAUGUUCUGAUGAAGUAAUUAAUACCAAGGUCCAUCUCCAAUCCAACCCUGGUGAGUACAAGUGUCCUUACUGUGGGGACAGUUUCCAGCUACCUCAUGAUCUGAAAGGACACACAAAAGACUGUUCCAGAAAGUGCCAUGUGUGUGGGAAAACAACUUUGAAGCCAUGCGGCAUGCGAAGGCACAUGUUAAGACACAACAACAAUGGCCCCUACAAGUGCCCGGUGUGUCCAAGGACUUUUAUAUCCCGUACUGAUUUGAAGAUGCACCUGAAAAAAAAUAAGCAAUGUAGGGAGAAAUGUUCUGAUGUCAUGGUGAAGGAAUUACUGUCAUCAGUAGAUGGUAGAUGUGGGAAAAAUGAUACAGGAGUCAUGACAAGCUGCCAUCAACCAAGCUCCAGCAACACAGGUGGGCCUUCAAAGAAUAUUGAAGAGUUCUUUGAACAGUUCUCUUAUGACUUUCAGCAAUCCGAUAACAGCAUGAGUAGUGAUGUGAACCUGAAUAGCCUCAAUGAAAACUACAGUCAGGAGAUCAGUCAAUACCAACCCAUGAAGGACGUUGACCCAUUGAAGUACAAAAAGUCUGUGGAUUAUUCAUUGGAAAAUGAGAUGCCCAAUGACAAAGAACCAAACUCAACCAUUGGCUUAACAGGGAAGCAGGUGUCCCAGACUGACCCAAAGCCUCUCCAGGAUUCUCAACCAGAGACGAGCGGAGAAGUGAAGAACGAGAUACAGAGCGGGAAACUGCAGGCUGAGGCCACGGGUUCCAACGGACAGAAAAGAAGAGGCAGAAAGAGAAAACAGAAAAGAGGACGUGGUGUCAAAAAUGAGAAGAGCGAAGCAAAGGGUGUGAAGAGAGAGCGGUCACCUGAAACUGAGGAAGAUGCCGAACCAUCAGAUAAUAAACUUUGGACCACUGUCAUUAAAAGGACCACUGUCUGUGAUUCUGGUGGUGUCUCAGAGAGUGUACCUCAGGACUCACUAACUCCUGAGCCAUCCAACACCUCUCACAAAAGAAGUCAACGAAUCAAAGCAUGCUCUUUCUGUCGCAAGACUUUCACUGAAACACUGGGCUUGACAAGACACAUGCGAUCUCACAUUGAGCAGAGGUCACACCAAUGCACCCUGUGUGGGCAAGACUUUGAAUUCAGUGAGGACUUAGAGGAACACCAGAAGAGUAGCUGUGAUGAGAAGAAGAGUGGUGAUGACUACUGUGGGGAAACUGUCCAGCAAAAAAAAUAUCUGAAAAAAAACCCUGAUCUGAAAAGAGACAAAAAGCCUGAUCUGAAAGGAGACAAAAAAGCUCAUCUGAAUAGAGUCAAAAAAGCUCAUCUGAAAAGAGACAAAAAAUCGGAUCUGAAAGGACACACAAAAGAUCGCUCCAUAAAGUGCCAUGUGUGUGGGAAAGUAACUACUCGUAUUGUAAGUUUGCAAAGGCACCUUCUACUUCACUUCAACAAUGGUGCAUACAAGUGCCCUGUGUGUCCAAAGACUUUUAUAUUAAAUUGUGAUUUGAGAUCGCACCUGAGAUUGAAAAGAUCUUGUGGGAAGAAAUGUUCUGAUAAAGUAAUUACAACCAGGCUCCACCUCAAAUCCAACCUUGGUGAGUACAAGUGUCCUUACUGUGGGGACACUUUCCAGCUACCACGUGAUCUGAAAGGACACACAAAAGACUGUUCCAGAAAGUGCAAUGUGUGUGGGAAAAUAAGUUCUCGAAUAUUGGAAAUGCGAAGGCACAUGUUAAAACACAACAACAAUGGCCCCAUCAAGUGCCCGAUGUGUCCAAAGACUUUUAUAUACCAGACUGAUUUGAAGAAGCACCUGAAAACAAAAAAACUUUGUAGGGAGAAAUGUUCUGAUGUGAUGGUGAAGGACAAUGCUGAUUUGAAAUUGCCCCGAAGAUUGAAAAGGUCUUAUAGGAAGACUUUUUCUGAUGAUGUAAUUACAACCAAGAUCCACCUCAAAUCCAACCCUGGGGAUUACAAGUGUCCUUACUGUGGGGACACUUUCCAGCUACCACGUGAUCUGAAAGGACACACAAAAGACUGUUCCAGAAAGUGCAAUGUGUGUGGGAAAACAACUUCAACGGCACGCGGCAUGCGAAGGCACAUGUUAAGACACAACAACAAUGGCCCCUACAAGUGCCCGGUGUGUCCAAGGACUUUUAUAUACCAUCCUGAUUUGAAGAAGCACCUGAAACUGAAAAAACGUUGUAGAGCGAAAUGUUCUGAUGUGAUGAUGAAAGAAAUACUGUCUUCAGGAGAUGGUAGAUGUCGGAAAAUGUUCAAUGAAACAGCAGUCAUGACAAACAGCCAACAACCAAGCUCCAGCAACACAGGUGGGCCUUCGAAGAGAAUUGAAGAGCUCUCUCAUGACUCGCAGCAAUCCGAUAACAGCAUGAGUAGUGAUAUGUACCUUAAUAGCCUUGAAGAAGACCACAGUGACAAGAUCAGUCAAUACCAACCCAUUAAGGACGUUGACAUAAGUAGCCUCCAUGAAGACUUCAGUUAUGAGAUCAGUCAAUACCAACCCAUGAAGGACGUUGACCAAUCCAACCCUGGUGAGUACAAGUGUCCUUACUGUGGGGACACUUUCCAGCUCCCAGAUGAUCUGAAAAGACACACAAAAGACUGUUCCAGAAAGUGCCAUGUGUGUGGGAAAAUAUCCUCAAAGGCAUGUGACAUGCGAAGGCACAUGUUAAAACAUGACAACAAUGGCCCCAUCAAGUGCCCGGUGUGUCCAAAGACGUUUAUAUUCCAUACCGAUUUGAAAACACACCUGAAAACAAAAAAACUUUGUAGGGAGAAAUGUUCUGAUGUGAUGGCAAAUGAAUUACUGUCUUCAGUAGAUGGUAGAUGGAAAAAUGGAAAAAAAUGGAAAAAUGUCAACGAAACAGGAGUCAUUACAAGUUGCGAUCAACCAAGUUCCAGCAACACAGGUGGGCCUUCGAAGGGCGGGCCUGUGUUGGGUUUGAAGAGCUUUGAAGAGUUCUUUGAAGAGCUCUCUAAUGACUCCGAUAUCAGCAUGAAUAGUGACGUGAACCUGAAUAGCCUCGAUGAAGACUACAGUCAGGAGAUCAGUCAAUACCAACCCAUGAAGGAUGUUGACCUGAAUAGCCUCGAUGAAGACUACAGUCAGGAGAUCAGUCAAUACCAACCCAUUAAGGAUGUUGACCUGAAUCGCCUCUAUGAAGACUACAGUCAGGAGAUCAGUAAAUACCAACCUAUUAAGGAUGUUGACCUGAAUCGCCUCUAUGAAGACUACAGUCAGGAGAUCAGUAAAUACCAACCUAUUAAGGAUGUUGACCUGAAUCGCCUCUAUGAAGACUACAGUCAGGAGAUCAGUAAAUACCAACCUAUUAAGGACGUUGACCAAUCCAAACCCGGUGAGUACAAUUGUCCUUACUGUUGGAAGGCUUUCCAGCUCCUACGUGAUCUGAAAGGACACAAAAAAGACUGUUCCAAGGAGUGCCAUGUGUGUGGGAAAACAACUUCGACUGCAUGCGGCAUGCGAAGGCACAUGUUAAAACACUACAAUGGCCCCAUCAAGUGCCCGGUGUGUCCAACGACUUUUGCAUACCAUACUGAUUUGAAGAAGCACCUGAAAACAAAAAAACUAUGUAGGGAGAAAUGUUCUGGUGUGAUGGCGAAGGAAUUACUGUCUUCAGUAGAUGAUAGAUGUAAGAAAAUUUUUUAUGAAACAGGAGUCAUGGCAAGUUGUGAACAACCAAGCUCCAGCGACACAGGCGGGCCUUCAAAUAGCAUUGAAGAGUUCUCACAUGAUUUGCAGCAAUCCGAUAACAGCAUGAGUAGUGAUGUGAACCUGAAUAGCCUCCAUGAAGACAACAGUCAGGAGAUCGGUCAAAACCAAGCCAUUAAGGACAUUGUCCAAUCCAACCCUGGUGAGUACAAGUGUCCUUACUGUGGGGACACUUUCCAGCUACCUCAUGAUCUGAAAGGACACAGUAGAGACUGUUCCAGAAAGUGCCAUGUGUGUGGGAAAAUAUCCUCGAAGGCAUGCGACAUGCGAAGGCACAUGUUAAAACACUACAACAAUGGCCCCAUCAAGUGCCUGGUGUGUCCAAAGACAUUUAUAUUCCAUACUGAUUUGAAGACGCACCUAAAAACGAAAAAACUUUGUAGGGAAAAAUGUUCUGAUGUGAUGGCGAAGGAAUUACUGUCUUCGGUAGAUGGUAGAUGUAGGAAAAAUGUGAAUGAAACAGGAAUCAUGACAAGGCUCCAACAACCAAGCUCCAGCAACACAGGCGGGCCUUCGAAGAGCGGGCCUGUGUUGGGUUUGAAGAGCUUUGAAGAGUUUUUUGAAGAGCUCUCUAAUGACUCCGAUAUCAGCAUGAGUAGUGAUGUGAAUCUGAAUAGCCUCCAUGAAAACUACAGUCAGGAGAUCAGUCAAUACCAACCCAUGAAGGAUGUUGACUUGAGUAUCCUCCAUGAAGACUACAGCCAGGAGAUCAGUCAAUACCACCCCAUGAAGGAUACUGACCUGAAUAGCCUACAUGAAGACUACAGUCAGGAGAUCGGUCACUACCAACCCAUGAAGGAUGUUGACCUGAAUAGCCUCCACGAAGUCUAUAGUGAUGAUAUCAGUCAAUACCAACCUGUUAAGGACAUUGACCCAAAGGAGGACAGAAGGUCUGUAAAUGAUUCAGGGGUAAAUGAGAUGCCCAAUGACAAAGAACCAAACUCAAGCAACGGCCCAAGGCCUCUCCAGGACUCAAUCUGAGCCGAACAGAGAAGCUAAGAACGAGAUACAGGUGAUACCGGUGUCAACAAUACAUACAACAAAACUAAAAGCCCUGCAAUUUGAGGUUUUAAGAAAAUGAUGAAGAGCAACAACUUCCUUAUAUGUAUUUUUUUUUUGUAGGUGUUAUGAAUUAGGUUAGGUAUUUAGAUAGAUAGAUAGAUAGAUAGAUAGAUAGAUAGAUAGAUAGAUAGAUAGAUAGAUAGAUAGAUAGAGAGAUAGAGAGAGAGAGAGAGAGAGAGAUUCCCACUAGUAAUUACCAGUUGGAGGGGCAUUCAAGUGGAUCUUUCCCAGUCGUAUGUUGGGAUUUGCGAAUUUGCAAGAUGUUAUGAAUGCAGCAUAACCCGAGUGAAAAGUCAGUUGUCUCAGGUGGCGGAGUCUCUCGAUAGUUUUGAGGUAUCCCCAGUUUGUGAAGCUACUCAUGUUCAUAAGAAGCAAACCAGAUGGGGAGAAGGAUGAUUUAUGUGGAGACAUAGAGGAAACAUUCUUUGCCAAACUAGACAGUGGUUUCCAGGUAAUGGUUUGUCAUAGUGAGAAAGUUUAUUCUUGUGUGUAUCUAGGUGAGAACUUCUGGGCAGAGAUAUACAGUGCCGUGAAAAAGUAUUUGUCCCCUUUCUAAUUUUCUCUGCUUUUGCAUUAUUGUUAUACUGAAUUAUCAGAUCUUCAACCAAAAUAUAAUAUUAGUGUCACGAUCGUCUUGAGGAUAAUGAGUGGACCAAGGCGCAGCGUGAGAGAAAUACAUCUUCCUUUUAUUAGACGAAGACGUAACACGAAACGAAACACUCUUACAAAACUAACAAAACAAUCGUGAAGCUAUAAACGAAAGUGCACACACAAGCUACUAACGUUUAGACAUAGACAAUUACCCACGAAAGCCUACUGUCUAUGGCUGCCUUAAAUAUGUCUCCCAAUCAGAGACAAUGAAUGACAGCUGUCUCUGAUUGAGAACCAUUCAGGCAACCAUAGACUUGCCUAGACAACUAUACUAAACCCAGCCCCAUACACUCAACAAAACCCCCUAUACAAUACAACCUACAACCACCCAAGACAAGACAAAUACAUACAAAACAUCCCCCCUGUCACACCCUGACUUAACCAAAAUAUUACAGAAACAAAGAAUACUAAGGCCAGGAUGUGACAAUUAGAUAAAGGGAACCUGAGUGAACAAAUAACACAACAAUUACAUACUUAUUUCAUUUAUUUCAUGAACAAAGUUAUGCAACACCCAAUGCCCCUGUGUGAAAAAGUAAUUGCCCCUUUACACUCAAUAACAGGCUACGCCACCUUUAGCUGCUUCCUGUAGUUGUUGAUCAGUCUCAUGUGGCUGUGGAGGAGUUUUUGCCCACUCUUCCAUGCAGAACUGCUCUAACUCACCGACAUUUGUGGGUUUUCAAGCAUGAAUUGCUUGUUUCAGGUCCUGCCACAACAUUUCAAUUGGGAUUAGAUCGGGACUUUGACUAGGCUAUUCCAAAACUUAAAAUGUGUUGCUUUUUAGCCAUUUUCAUGUAGAUUGUGUGUUUUGGAUCAUUGUCUUGCUACAUCACCCAGCUGCGAUUCAGCUUCAGCUCAUAGACGAAUGGCCUGACAUUCUCCUGAAGAAUUCUAUGAUACAGAGCAUAAUUCUUGGUUCCUUCUAUUAAGGGAAGUUAUCCAGGUCCUGAGGCAGCAAAGCAUCCCCAAACCAUCACACUACCACCACCAUGCUUGUCUGUUGGUGUGAGGUUCUUACUGUGGGAAUGCAGUGUCUUGGUUUAUGCCAGGCAUAAUGGGACCCAUGUCAUCCAAAAAGUUAUAAUUUUAAAUAAUCUGUCCAUAGAACGUUCUUCCAAGAGUUGAUGAUCAUCAAGGUGCUUUUUGACAAACUUGAGUGAACUUUUUGGACGACAUGGAUCCCAUUAUGCCUGGCGAUAACCAAACACUGUAUUCCAAAGUAAGAACCUCAAACCAACGGUCAAGCAUGGUUCAGCGGAAUCAUGCAGCUAGACAAUGAUCCAAAACACACAAUCAAGUCUACAUGAAAAUGUCUAAAAAGCAACACAUUUGAAGUUUUGGAAUGGCCUAAAGCAUUUCUGCAUGCAAGAGUGGGCCAUAAUUCCUCCACAGCAAUGUGAAAGACUGAUCAACAACUACAGGAAGCAUUUGGUUGCAGUCAUUGCAGCUAAAGUUGGCACAACCAGUUAUUGAGUGUAAAGGGGCAAUUACUUUUUCACACAGGGGAAAUGGGUGUUGCAUAAUUUUGUUAAUACAUUAUUAUUAUAUUUAAAUAAAAAUGUUUAACUUAGGUUUCCUUUAAUAUUAGGUUUUGGUUGAAGAUCUAACAUUCAGUAUAAAAAAUAGAGAAAAUCAGAAAGGUGGCAAAUACUUUUUCACGACAUGUGCCAUCUGCACAGGAUGAGGUUGAUUAAUGUGUCAAUUUAUGGAAGACGUUCUUUAUUAUGUUGAGUAACACUGAGCAACUAGGUUCUCUAGGUGUUCUGAGAAAGCAUUUGGUUCCCCGAGUGAUCUGUUGGAUUCAGAGUUUGUCAGUGAUUAUUUUGUUCCUUUAGCUGACAUGUUAGUGAGGUUAGUGAGGAUCCGCUGAAAGACCCGGUCUGGGUAUUGCGGGAUGACACGGCUGUGUCUUGUGACAAGAAUAGGGUGCUUGAAGAAUUGGGUUUGGAAAAGCCAGAUCCACUACAGAGUCAGUUUUGUGAAGUUAAGUGUGAGGAGAUGAAGAUGUUGGUCAAUGUUCACUUAUCCCCGUUGGUGGUUGCUCCAGGUCUCUAAUCACUGGACACCUAUCAGAUGGAGCUUGGUGCGUGUGAUCAUGGGCGCUGUGAAUGGAGUUGGUCUCUCAGGGGGCGGAGUCUCAAGGAGAGUUUUGAGGAAUCCCCAGUUUGUUAAGAUACUCAUGUUCAGAAGAGUGUUGAUGGCAAACCAGAUUGGGAGAAGGAUGAUUUGUGUGGGGACUCUGUGUCUCUGUCCCUCUCCCACAGGGAGAAGUUUGAGAUUUGCAGUCCCUUCCUCUACUGUGGUCUUUGUGUGUCAAUAACAGGCAGCAGUAGGCGCAAUGCAUUGUGGUCAUUGUAGCUAAUUGCCACGUUUUCUGCGCUAAACUAUGUUUAAUUUUUGCCUGUUGAAAACGACAACUUCCUAUGUCCCACAGUUUGUGCUUCUUGAUUUGAUUUCUUUCUAAAAAUCAGGCUUUGAGCUCACACAAAAAACAAACUAAAUUUAAUUCAAAUAAUUGAAAGCUAAAUUAAACCGAAAUGUAGGCUAAUCGCUCAGCACUAGUGUACAUAUUGAUCUCUUCAGUUAAGAAAGUUUUAGGGAAAAAAUUCAGGAAAAUAGAUUGUGGUGACUAUGAGGUUUUUUCUUGUUGGGGGAGAACUUAUAGAAUAGGUUUGGUAGUUAAGUAUGUAGGCUUAGGACCCCUAGACAUAACGGGUCAGUAGGCGAGUCAAUCGGUUUUAUAACAAUGUGUAGGAAUAGGAACUCAAAAGUGUAGAAAUAUGGCGGUAGUUCUCCUGAAUCUGGGCCCCUAUUCUCAGUGUUUUUGCCUUUCAGAUAAUAAUAAAUAAGAUAAGAAGCUGAUCCUAGAUCAGCACUCAUACUCUGAAAAUCUUUACAACCUUUAUAAUCUGGGACCCAGACUGGAAGGCAAAUGGAGCACCAACAUGUACACAAUACUUGACACUGAAGUCAACUGUACUGAUAGACAGAGCUUGUGAGUCAGUGAGAAACGGUUCACUUAAGAUCUUGGUGAGGAUGACUUCACCACAUGGUGACUACUAGUUCUAGCCUGGUAGUUUCACAUCCACUACACUCACCCCCUAGUAGUCUGCUACAGUAGUCUGUGAUCUGGGUUACGGCACCAUUGUAACAGAGUGAGUUCUGUCCCCACCUGGGACACAAACUCUGGGGGUUGCCUCUGGACCGGACUAAGAGACAUUCCUUUUUAUUGUUCUUUACAAAAAUGUGACAAACUAUAUCUCUUCUUUCCCCUUUCUCUCCCUCUCUUUAUCCACUUUUUUAACACUUCUAUAACACUUAACUAUCAUGUAAUGUCACUGUAUACUGUAAGUCACUUUGGAUAAAAGCUAUGGGUUGCCUAUCGACCGAGCUGAAGUGAAAAUUUUUUUGUGCAUGUUUUUCUUUUUACUUAAUGUCAAAAUGUGGUAACUUGUAUAUUCUUUCUCCCUCUCUCUAUAUGUCAUUAAUUACCCACUUUUAUAACAUUUUUAUAAUGCUUAAAUGUCAUGUCACUGUAUACUGUAAGUCACUUUGGAUAAAAGCAUCUACGACGCUUUGUAUUUACAUGUUUAUCCAUCAGUUUUUUAAAGUUGACAUUGGUGUGAUACAUUUCAAUAUAUUAAAGAAGACAAAUUAAAAGGCA